ACGAACCCCUGUGCGCAAUAAUACAUCCGCCACUUGUAAAGUAGUUCAAAAUGUCAGCCCCCAUGUGCUGAGUUCUUUAAACUGACUAAAAAGACAGGUUUAAAGGCGAAAACAACACAGUUACGCUACAGAUAUAGAUUGUUGAUAAUAGGGAAAAAUGGCAAAACGUGUUGCUGAAAGAGAACUAACUGAUAGAAACUGGGACCAAGAAGAUGACGUUGAGGAGGCUGGAACCUUUGCAGUAGCUACAAAAUCUGAAUUACAAAGACGCCAAAUUAAGACAGCAAAAAGGACCGGAGCCUCACUGGGGGCUGGUGGUAAAACUUCCUCCUUUUCUGGCUUUGGUGGAUUUUCUUUUAAACCCACACAGACCAGCACACCAUUUAGUGCCAACGUCAAAUCCUUCACUAACGGAAAGCCAGAGAAGCCUUCACUGAGCAGUGUGACAGAAGUGAAUGGAACCCCAGAGAAAAAAGGGGUCGAGAAGAAAAAGGAAAAUGACUCUGAACAAGCCACUUAUAUGUCAAGCCUGAGGAGUCUAAAUGAAAGUGUGCUGGCCUGGAUUAAGCAACAUGUGGAGAAAAAUCCCUACUGCAUCCUGACUCCAAUUUUCACAGACUAUGAGAAACACAUAAAAACCAUUGAGGCAUACAAGUCUGGUGCCAGUCAAGCAAAGAGUCAAACGACAGACAAUUCUGAGAAAAAAUCUGCUCCUGCUUUAGGCAGCAAGGAGACCCAGCCUAGUUUGUCCACCCUGUUUAAGCCAGCACCUGGUAGUUGGACCUGUGGCACAUGUAUGAUACAGAACAAAGGGGAUGUCAGUAAGUGUGUGGCCUGUCAGACCAGCAAGCCAGGGGCAGGAGCAUCCAACUCGCAGACUACCAGUGCAGCUCCUGCUUUAGGCAGCAAGGAGACCCAGCCUAGUUUGUCCACCCUGUUUAAGCCAGCACCUGGUAGUUGGACCUGUGACACAUGUAUGAUACAGAACAAAGGGGAUGUCAGUAAGUGUGUGGCCUGUCAGACCAGCAAACCAGGGGCAGGAGCAUCCAACUCACAGGCUACUAGUGCAGCACCUUCUAUUGGCAGCAAGGAGACCCAGCCUAGUUUGUCCACCCUGUUUAAGCCGGCUCCUGGUAGUUGGACCUGUGACACAUGUAUGAUACAGAACAAAGGCGAUGUCAGUAAGUGUGUGGCCUGUCAGACCAGCAAGCCAGGGGCAGGAGCUUCCAACUCACAGGCUGCCAGUGCAGGCACACCAGACUUCAAAUUUGGAAGCAAUAAUGUAUCGAAUGCCACAACAGGAUCUGGAUUUAAGUUGAAUACUGGUGGGACUACUACAGGAGCUUCAUCUACUUCUGGAUUUACAUUCGGAUCAGGCGAAAACAAGUCUACAGCAUCUGGAUUCAAAUUUGAAUCCAAUGGGAUGGCAAACAACUCCAGUAUGACAUCUGGGUUCACCUUUGGCAAAAGUGAAGAUAAGUCUGCUACUUCUGGAUUUACAUUUGGGAAAAAGGAUGAGAAGUCGCCAUCUUCUGGAAUCACAUUUGGAAAAAGUGAAGAAAAAUCGCCAGCGUCUGGAUUUGUAUUUGGAAAAAAAGAAGAUAAACCUGCAGCACCUGGAUUUACAUUUGGCAAAAGUGAUGAUAAACCUACUAAUAGUGGAUUUACAUUUGGCAAAAGUGAGGACAAAUCUACAACAUCUGGGUUUACUUUUGGGAAAAGUGAUGACAAAACUGGAUCACCAGGAUUCUCAUUUGGCAAAAAAGAAGAAAGUUCUACAACAUCUGGAUUUUCUUUUGGAAAAAGUGGAACUACAGACACUUCCUCCUCAUCUGGAUUGAAAUCUGGAUCUGGAAAUGAAUCCAGUUCUGCCACUGGGUUUUCAUUUGGUACAAAUGCUGGAACUGGUAAUGUUCCAAAACCAGCGUUCAGCUUUGGUUUAGGAAGUGGAACUACAAACAGUGAAAGUACAAAAGGAUUUUCGUUUGCCCCAUCCACCUCGGCUCCUGGCUCUUCGUCAUUUGGUCCAGGAUUUUUCAGCAGACCAGCGGGAGCUUCAGAUGCCGCGGGUACUCAAGAAGAGGAAGAAUAUGAACCACCAAAAGUAGAGAGCACAGAAAUAGCAGAAGAAGGCUCUCAGUAUUCUGUCAAAUGCAAACUGUUUUAUCAAAGAGAUGGGAAAUGGAAUGAGAAAGGAGUUGGUUUUCUGCACUUGAAGAAGCCUGAUGGGAAAGCACAGCUAGUAGUGAGAGCCGACACUAAUCUAGGAAAUAUUUUGUUGAAUAUCAGCCUGUCACCAUCUAUUCCUCUAAAGAGACAGGGAACAAACAAUGUAUAUAUGAUGUGUGUGCCGAACCCCAAGAUCAGCCCUAAAGAUGAGGAGAACAAGCCGGCGGCCAUGUUGCUGGACUGUAUUGAUGUGUGUGGUAAAAACCUGUACAUUGGAACCUCUGACUGCUUUGUUGUGCAUUACACAAUUGAAGAAAGAACCCAGCCAUCUGGAAAAGUUACCUUUCAUUGUGAUAAAAUAGGACACAAAUAUCUUGCUUUAAAAAAGCCAAUAGUUCAGAUAAAAUCUGCAUCUGCCCUGAAUCGAAUCAUGGUGUUGUGUGACAAUACUAUAUCCAUGUUGAACAUGUUAGAACUGGAGCCUGUAAUGGGAGGAGCCAAGAUCAAGGGAGUGAACUGUUUCUGUUUUAAUGAUAACCCACAAAACAGCAGCCCUUUCAGUGUUGAGAUUUGUGUUGCCCUUCGGAAAAAACAGCUUCAGUUUUACACUGUCACAGAAGAUAAGUUUAUCCAUCUAAGGGAUGUUUCUCUCUCAGAACCUGCAGUUGAAUUGGAUUUGGAUAGUCCCUUUGUUUGUGUUGCCAUGACAUCACAAUACUCUAUGAUCAAUACAGACACGGGUUAUGAACAGAGUCUGUUCCCUUACGAUAAUGAGAACAGUAGACCCCUGAUCAAGAGGGUGGGCAAGGAAGAAUUCCUGUUGGGUGGUCCCAGUGCCCUGGGGAUGUUUGUGACAUCUGACGGGAUAUCUCAGAGACCACCCCUCCAGUGGUCCGACAAUCUGGCCAGCAUCAGCUACUUACACCCCUACAUCAUUGCCAUGAAUGACGAAUUUAUCACUGUUCACAGCAUCCUCGACCAACAGCAGAAGCAAACUAUUCCAUUCCAGGGCGGUGUUUACUUGGAAAACUUUGAUGGCAAAGUGUUUAUAGCAUCAGGCCGAGCUGUCUAUUCCUUAGUCCCAGUGGCUUGGGAAAAACAAGUACAAGCUCUCUUGGCAGAUAAAAGAGUGACAGAGGCUCUGGACCUGGCCAAAAAUGCCAAUAAAAGUGGACUCAGCAGGGAUAAAAUUAAUAAGAUAUACAAGAGAUUUCAACAACAGGCAGCUUUUAUUGAAUUCUCCCAACAAAAAUUUGAAGAGGCACUGGAAUUAUUUAAAAGUGGAGAAACAGAUGCUAGAGAGGUGAUUUGUCUGUAUCCAAAAUUCUUGCCCUCCAACAGCAGUUUUACCCGCUGUGCACCCCCGCUGCACGAGAUUGCUGACAUCAAUCAGCUAUGUCGUGGGAACGAGGACUUAAUCAUGCAAUAUAAAGACUUCUUGUGUUCAUACUUAGAGGAAAUUAAAGGAACAAAAUUAGCAGUAGGAUAUAAACAGGAAAUAGAUGUGGCAUUAUUGAAGCUCUAUGCAGAGUUAAACACAGAAGGUCUAAUUCCAUUGAUAUCAAAUGAUUCGGGAUGUGAUUUAAAUGACUGUGUUGAGUGGCUGGAGAAAUAUAAACGUUUUCAUGCUCUAGGAUUAUUGUAUAGACUUCACAGUGAUCACGAUAAAGCGCUAGGUAUAUGGCAAAAAUUAGCUAAUGGAGAUAUAACUGAUGAAUCUUUCCCAGGUUUACCAUUUUUUAUAGACUAUUUAUCCAAUUUAAGUGAUCAUGAACUUGUGUGGAAGUACGUUGAUUGGGUGCUGUCUAAAGAUCCAGAGGCUGGUGUUCAGAUUUUUACCAAUCGUCCCGCCAGUGAGCCGCCGUCAGAGAGGAUGCGACCAGACACCAUCAUUGACUAUUUACACCGAUUCCCUGAAGCUGUGAUAUCAUACUUAGAAUACCUCAUCUUCCAGAAAAAACUAGAGAAAGAGAAGUACCAUACCCACCUAGCUGUUCUAUAUUUAGAUUCUGUGUUACAACUUAUGAAAGAGCCUAAUGCCAAAAAGGAACAAAUAGAUAUUGCAAGGUCAAAGCUUCGUCACAUGUUACAGAUGUCAAGUCUGUAUCGAGUGCAGCUCAUUCUAGGAAAAGCAAAAGAAACAAAUAUGCAUGCUGAGUGUGCAAUACUGUAUGGAAAGUUGGAGGAGCAUGAUAAGGCCCUGCGAAUUCUCGUCCAUAAGCUCAAGGAUUACGGGGCGGCAGAGAACUACUGUAUGGUUAACUCCAAUGGGAAGGACUCGGUGGUCCGUAAACGAUUGUUUCAUGCUCUACUUAAUGUGUAUCUGGAUCCAUCUUAUGAGCAAAAAGACCAGCUGAUAAAACCUGCGGUCGAGCUGUUGAAUAAUAAUGUAGCAGACUUUGACACUGUGAAGGUCCUUCAAUCCUUGCCUGACAGUUGGUCAGUACACAUCAUUUCCCAGUUCCUUUCUCGUGCAGUCCGCAAGAGCAUGAACUUAAGUCGGAACACCAGAAUCGAGAGAAUGAUGUCGCGAGGGGAGAAUUUACGAGUGAAACAGACAAGCAUAGAACUACAGCGGGAGUUUGUGACAAUGAAUGAUGACAGGAUGUGUGCUGUGUGUAAUCGCGCCUUCAGUGAUCCAACGUUCGUCCGAUACCCGAAUGGAGUUGUGACUCAUGUCCAUUGUGCAAAAAACCGACAUGUCUGCCCCGUGACUGGGAAACUCUUCAGCACAAAACAAUCUUGAUGACAGAAAGAGGAAAACAAAACUGUUCUAACCGCAUAAAACAGCAGUCCAGCAAUUCAAAUAUCUCCAUCACCAGAGAGAGGGGGAUGGCAUUAUGUCACGUACAAGAGAGCACCGCUUGUUAUAAGGGAAGGGUUCAUGCUUAGCAUGGAGGCUGACUGGUUUUUUUAUUUUGUUCUUAAAGAAAAUGCAAUAAUUUGUUGAAUUUUUAAUUAGGAACAGUGCUAGCUAGAUCCAAAAACACUGGUUGUUUCUGAUUUGGAGUUUUGUAUGUAUAAAUAAUAUUAAUGUGUCCCAGAAUUGUCUUGGAAGGAUCGAGUUUCAGUGUAACAGUUUACCCAUUUGUUUAGAAUUAAGAUAAUUCAGUAAAAAUAUUUCUCAUACUCUUAUAACACGUAUGUAUAUAAUUAUUCUAAAAGUUUAUACAUAUACUGAAAAAAAAAGAAAUGAUUAAGUGUACAACAUACUGUAAGAUACCGGUAGAAAUGAUAGCGAUUGGAUGCUACAGAAAUCUCCAUUUUUCUCUUCUUUUCUUUCAUUCAUAAUUAUACUAGUCCAUAUACAUGUAUAUUGAUAUACAUGUAUACAUGUAUUAUAUCACUGAUCAUAUUAUUUCAUGAUAUGUCUUGCUGAAUAAUGCUGAAUUAUUCAUCCAUCACAUAAAAGAUUUUUGUGAGCACAUUUUGUGAUGAAUGUUUCUUUCAACUUUAUUUUCAUGAGAUUAUGUAGCAAACAUUUCAACUAUGUUUAUGGCAUUUUGAAUGAUGUGUAUAUUAGUAUUAUGUAAUAUGUAGGUUGUUUUAUUAUUACUAUGUGAUCGAAGAUUGUCAGUUGUUUUAUUUGAUAAACAUGUCAUAAUUUUAACUAUGCCUUUAUACAAAUGCUGCCUAUAAAUACAAGAAAUAAAAACAAAAUGCAUCAUAUCCAUCGCUUGUUACUCUGAACCUUAAUGGCAUGUUAAAUAGCCAAUAAUCUGACUAGUUGUUUAGAUACAAAAAAACUGAAUUUGCUCUUAGCAAAAAAGACUGUUGUAUAUUUAUACUUUCCUUGAAUUAAAGAUAUGAAGAUGUCACUUACCAAAGAUAUAAACUAAGAAUGAAUAAUA